AUGGGGAACCAAGAUGGGAAGCUGAAGAGAAGCGCAGGUGAUGCCUCCCACGAAGGUGGCGGCGGAGGCGCCGAGGAUGCUGUGGGGCCCAGGGAUGCGGAAGCCACAAAGAAGGGGAGCACGAGCAAGAAGGCGCUGGGCAAGCACGGCAAGGGGGGAGGGGGUGGCGGCGGGGAGCCGGGCAAGAAGAAGAGCAAGUCUGAUUCCAGAGCCUCGGUGUUUUCCAACCUGCGGAUCAGGAAGAACCUGAGCAAGGGGAAGGGUGCCGGCGACUCCCGGGAGGAUGUGCUGGACUCUCAGGCCCUGCAGACCGGGGAGCUGGACAGCGCGCACUCUCUGGUCACCAAGACCCCGGACCUCAGCCUCUCGGCGGAGGAGACGGGUCUGUCGGAUACCGAGUGUGCGGACCCUUUUGAGGUCACCCGUCCGGGUGCUCCUAGGCCUGCCGAGGUCCAGGCGGUUGUGGAGGAUUUGGAAACUGCGGCCGGCGCUCAGGAUGGACAAAGGACCAGUUCCGGCUCGGACACGGACAUCUACAGCUUCCAUUCGGCCACGGAGCAAGAAGAUUUGCUCUCCGACAUCCAGCAGGCAAUUCGCCUGCAGCACCAGCAGCAGCAGCUGCUCCCCGACUCGGAGGAGAGUGCAGCGCCCUCCACUGCCGCUUUCCCCGAACCCGGGGCCUUCCUGGGCCUGGAACGGCUCCUGCUGGGACCGAGUAGCGGGGCUGCGGGGGCCCCGGGCGGUAUGGACACCGAGCAGACCCUGGCCGCGCUCUCCGACUUGCCCGAGAGCCUGACCGCCGAGCCGCCGGUGCCCGAGCCCCCACCGUCCCCCGGAGGCCUCCCCGCCUCCCCAGACCCCCAGUCCGCAGUCGCAGACUCGCCCUUGUCCACAGCCUUCGCGUCUGCGGAGGAGGCUGGGCCGGUAGAGGCCACGGCAGGGGCCCGCGUGCAAGGGGCCGGGGACACGGAUGAGGAGGAGGGAGAGGAGGAUGCUUUUGAGGAUGCGCCCAGAGGCUCUCCCGGGGAGGAAUGGGACCCGGAGGAGCGGACGCGAGGGCCCGGAGUCCCCGCACCCGCCUCCCUGCCCAGCAGCCCUGCGCCCAGCCCUCGCUGCUUCAAGCCCUACCCGCUCGUCGCUCCCUGUUACAUCAAGACCACCACCCGGCAGCUCAGCUCGCCCAAUCACUCCCCGUCUCAGUCCCCCAGCCAGAGCCCCAGGAUCAAGAGGCGGCUGGAGUCCUCCCUGAGCCGGGGGCCCAGAACCGCCUCGGCCUCGGUCGCAGCCCAGGCUAGGAAGCAGGGGGCGGAGGGCAGCCUCGCUGGCGGCCUGAGCCGCUCAGCUGACUGGACCGAGGAGCUGGGCGUCCGCGCGCCUGGGGCUGGAGGCUCUGCGCACCUGCUGGGGCGCGGGGCGACCGAGGGCAAAAGCGGUGGCGGGUCCCCGGCGCUGGCAGCCAAGGUGUCUGGGGCGCCAGCAACUGCAGAUGGCUUCCAGAACGUGUUUACAGGGAGAACUCUGUUGGAGAAGCUGUUUAGCCAGCAGGAAAAUGGGCCUCCAGAAGAAGCAGAGAAAUUUUGCUCACGGAUCAUCGCCAUGGGCCUUCUACUUCCUUUUAGUGACUGCUUCAGGGAACCAUGCAGUCAGAAUGCUGGGUCAAGUUCAGCUCCAUUUGAUCAAGAUCAACUUUAUACCUGGGCUGCAGUUAGUCAACCCACACACUCGCUGGAUUACACAGAAGGGCAGUUUCCUAGGCGAGCUCCAUCCAUGUGGCCACCAUCAAGACCUCCUGAUGAAGAACACAGGCCCAAGGAUGCUGAAACAGAAUCUCAAUCUGCUGUUUUGGAAAGUCCGAAAAAAUGUCCAAAUGCUGUCCAUCAGGAAGUUUUUGACAUGAAGUCUAAAGGACAGGCAACUGUAAUUCAGCAACUGGAACAGACCAUUGAGGAUCUGAGGACCAAAAUAGCUGAACUAGAGAAGCAGUACCCUUCGCUGGACAUGGAGGUGGCCAAUGGCCGUCAAGGGAUUGAGAAUGGAGUGGCAUUCUCAGAAGAUGUCUGUCUGGAAGCUCUCAGAUUAGGAGGAAAGGAUGUGCGGCACCCAAGGAUUUUUCAGGCCAAAUCCAUACAGACUUCCCCAACAGAAGAGGGCGGGGCACUAACACUGCCAUUUGUGAGUGCACUGCCAGAGAGUCCUCCAUGCCCUCCUGGUACUGAAAAUGGAGAGUCAGCUGUUCCAUCCUCACCCUCUGGAUCUCAGACAAAAUUCUGUUCAGAGAUUUCUUUGAUUGUGUCUCCAAGGCGAAUAUCAGUGCAGCUCGACGCCCAUCAGUCUAUACAGAGUGUAACCCAACUUCCAUCACCCCCAUCCAUUCCGUGGUCUGAUGGUCAGGGAGAGCCUGGGUCACAGCCUUCACACCUUUCUCUUCAGACUGAGUUUGGAACUAGCCAUGAAUGCUCUGUUUCCUCCUCCACUGAAAACAGCUGCCAUAUCCCACCCCCACCAUCUCUGCCUUGCACGGGGUGUUCCAGCUCCAUGACUUCCCCGCCUCCCACUCUCUCAAACAUAAUAGUGCCUGCUCUGUCCAGUACCGCACCUUCCCCUCUGCCACCCCCUGCCCCUCCUCUGCCUGGAGUGGGGAUACCCCCUCCCCCUCCUCUCCCUGGAGUGGGGAUACCCCCUCCCCCUCCUCUCCCUGGAGUGGGGAUACCCCUCCCCCUCUCCUGGAGUGGGGAUACCCCUCCCCCACCUCUCCCUGGAGUGGGGAUACCCCCUCUCGCUCCCCCUCCUCUGCCUGGAGUGGGGAUACCCCCUCCCCCACCUCUCCCUGGAGUGGGGAUACUCCCUCCCCCACCUCUCCCUGGAGUGGGGAUACCCCUCCCACCUCUCCUGGAGUGGGGAUACCCCUCCCCCACCUCUCCCUGGAGUGGGAUACCCCCUCCCCCUCCUCUCCCUGGAGUGGGGAUACCCCCUCCCCCUCCUCUGCCUGGAGUGGGGAUACCCCCUCCCCCACCUCUCCCUGGAGUGGGGAUACCCCCUCCCCCACCUCUCCCUGGAGUGGGGAUACCCCCUCCCCCCUCCUCUCCUGGAGUGGGGAUACCCCCUCCCCCUCCUCUCCCUGGAGUGGGGAUACCCCCUCCUCCUCCUCUUCCUGGAGUGGGAAUUCCCCCCCCACCUCCUUUGCCUGAUUUGGGUGUUCCACCUGCUCCAGCUCCACCUCCUCUUCUCCCUGGGACAGGCUUUCCCCCACCUCCUCAGCUCCUGGGAUCAGGUCCUCCACUUUCUCCACAAGUUGGAAGUAGCACUUUAGCAACACCACAAGUGUGUGGAUUUCUUCUUCCUCCAUUACCAUCUGGCUUGUUUGGAUUAGGGAUUAAUCAGGACAGAGGUAGUAGGAAGCAGCCAAUAGAACCUUGUCGGCCAAUGAAGCCUCUUUAUUGGACAAGGAUUCAACUCCAUAGUAAAAGGGAUUCUAGUCCUUCACUUAUUUGGGAAAAAAUUGAAGAGCCAUCCAUAGAUUGCCAUGAAUUUGAAGAAUUGUUUUCUAAAACUGCUGUAAAGGAGAGAAAGAAACCUAUUUCUGACACAAUCUCAAAGACAAAGGCUAAACAAGUGGUCAAGUUACUAAGCAACAAAAGAUCACAAGCAGUUGGAAUUUUAAUGUCUAGUCUUCAUUUAGAUAUGAAAGACAUACAACAUGCUGUUGUGAACUUGGACAAUUCUGUGGUUGACCUGGAGACCCUUCAAGCUCUCUAUGAGAAU